UUGCUUUUGGGGCCCCAAAAGCAAGCAGAUUCAGGUAUUCUGAUGUAUUUUGCGACGAGUACGCUCUACUCGGGACCAAACUUAUACGUCGUUAGAUGAUCGGAUCGUUCGCGUUGAACAGAUAAAACAAACUGAUAACAUUUCAACCUUUAUAGUUGGACCUAUCUCCAACGAUGACCGCCCAAAGAGGCGUCCGUUGCUUACUCCUCCUGCUGCCUUUACUGUGCGGUCUAUCCCUUACUUCAGCAAACGUCGAGACCCUAGACGAUUUGCUGAACAAAAUAAACCAUCUCAUCGCUUUGGAGUGUCCAGAAUAUACCAAGGGAGACGUAAACCAGCAUUUCCUCCAACUACAGUGGGCAAUCAAGACAUGUAGACAGAGCAUCGCCUCCCACAGAGCAUCUGAUCCACUAGGGGUACCAAUCGGUAUAAGCGAUGGCAGCGUUCCGCCGGAGGAUCUGGCCGCUUCUAGCCAAGCACCAGAUCAUGGACUAUCUCACAUUGGGCUACACUCUGCAGGGAGUUGGUGCGCAGCCGUCAGUGAUGAGAACCAGUGGGUAUCUGUCAAACUCCCAAAUAAAUUGAAAGUUACUGAGAUUGCCAUUCAAGGAGGCGGGGAUUCUUCGAAAGAGUGCUGGAUUCGAAAGUUCCGGAUCGAGAUCAGUAAUGACGGUGUAAGAUGGGCAUGCGUCCUUGAUAGUCAUGGGCAAAUACAGUACUAUGAUGGUAACUACAACUUGGAUGGCGUAGCGGUAGCUGUGUUCAACCCGUCAGUUUCAGCACGUUUCGUUCGGUUAGUUCCAAGGACUUAUCACCACUGCAUCUGUCUUCGAUGGGAAGUCUACGUCGAAGAUUUGAAUGUCGUACUGGAAGGAGAACCGAUCGGCCUGGAAGACAACAGUUUUCCAACAGAGUUUAUCAAUCCAUCGUCGACCAGAAAUGGGAGGACGGUGGACAACAUCAGAUUGGGAACCGCCCAUCCCUGGUGUGCUGAUCCCUCCGAAGAUUUUCCGUAUGUGGAGGUGGACUUGCGUCUUGAACAUUCUAUAACGGGCAUCGUGGUUGGAGGAGAAGCGGAUGGGUUGGGCUAUGUUGAAGAUUUCCGUGUGGAGACAUAUACGAGUGCAACAGGAUACCAAUUCAUAAAAAAUUCCUUUGGUUACAAACAGAAUUUUGAAGCGGGGCAGGAGAGCUCAUUCCAUAUCUUUGAGCGUAGUCCAUUAGCAAGGAAAGUAAGGAUUCAUGUUGAGACCAGUCAUAUAGCUGCUUGCAUGAGUUUUGAGAUAUAUGUCAAGGAGUUGUGCGAUUACGACGGUCUCCCAGAAGGCAUAGCAGCAAUAGAUGAUAACUUUGUCGGCGUCGGAGCCAUCACUGCUUCUUCUAGCUGGCCGAAAUAUGGCCCCGACAGGAGCCCUCUGGAAACUGGCUCAGAUCUUCCAGACUUCGGUGGGAGCUGGUGCGCUGCUCAAGAGAGUACCAACGGCAAUGAUGAGUGGAUUCAGAUGGAUCUUGGCACGGAAGUCACUUUCACUGGUGUGGUUAUUCGUGGGGAUUCCAACAGGAACUUCUGGGUCUCUAAGUUUUUUGUAGCGGUCAGCGACGAUGGUGUCUCGUUUGAUAAUCUUCUAGAUUCAGCAGAUUCACAAGAGCCAAAGGUAUUUAUAGGGAGUGCUAGCAAUGAUGGUUACAAAAUAGCCAAAUUCGAUCCACAGCCAAACGGUCGGUACAUCCGAGUUAUUCCUGAAGAGUGGAAAGACUGUAUAUGCCUGCGUUGGGAUGUCUACAUAAAAACGAUAGAACCUGUCAACACAGAUGACAAUCCAAAUGCACCUCCAGCACCAGAAUGUGGAUCACCACCUGAUCUACCAAAUGGAAAUGUUGAGGUCCAUGGCGAUACACCUGGUUCGAUCAUAGCAUGGUAUGAAUGCGAUGAUGGAUAUACUUUUGAGGGAGAGCAGGAUAUACUCUGUUUUGAAAAUGGUACUUGGGACAUUUUUGAAGGAAAAUGUGUUCCUAUUCCAGUUGAAUGUGGAUCACCACCUGAUCUACCAAAUGGAAAUGUUGAGGUCCAUGGCGAUACACCUGGUUCGAUCAUAGCAUGGUAUGAAUGCGAUGAUGGAUAUACUUUUGAGGGAGAGCAGGAUAUACUCUGUUUUGAAAAUGGUACUUGGGACAUUUUUGAAGGAAAAUGUGUUCCUAUUCCAGUUGAAUGUGGAUCACCACCUGAUCUACCAAAUGGAAAUGUUGAGGUCCAUGGCGAUACACCUGGUUCGACCUAUGCAUGGUAUGGAUGCGACGACGGAUAUACUUUUGAGGGAGAUCCGGAUAUAGACUGUUUUGAAAAUGGUACUUGGGACAUUUUUGAAGGAAAAUGUGUUCCUAUUCCAGUUGAAUGUGGAUCACCACCUGAUCUACCAAAUGGAAAUGUUGAGGUCCAUGGCGAUACACCUGGUUCGACCUAUGCAUGGUAUGGAUGCGACGACGGAUAUACUUUUGAGGGAGAUCCGGAUAUAGACUGUUUUGAAAAUGGUACUUGGGACAUUUUUGAAGGAAAAUGUGUUCCUAUUCCAGUUGAAUGUGGACCACCACCUGAGCUACUAAAUGGAAAGGUUGAAAUAGUAGGGAAUGGUGUUCCUGGUUCUAUCAUUGCAUGGUAUGAUUGUAAUGGUGAAUUAAAUUUCGAUGGAGAUUCACAAGAUAUAGUCUGCAAUGAAAAUGGUGAAUGGCCGCCAUUUUCAGGAAAAUGUGUUUGUGGAGAACCACCUCAACUACUGAAUGGAAAUGUCACUGUAUAUUCAAGGGAUAUACCUGGUACGACCUUUGCAUGGUAUGACUGCAACGAGGGAUAUGUUUUUGAGGGAGAUGAUGCGGAUAUAUUCUGCAAUGAAAAUGGUACUUGGGAAUCAUUUUCAGGAGUAUGUGUUAUUACGUGUGUUGUACCAAGCAUCUCUACCCCUCUUUUAACUGAUUGCACGAUGAAUGAGAGCGUUCGAUCUGGUACAUCUUGCGAAUUUUCUUGUGACACUGGCCAUUUUUUAAAAGGGGAAACAUCUAGUAUGGAAUGUUUGGACACCGGGUACUUUUCUGCUGACAGACCAAGUUGUGAAGUUAUUACGUGUGUUGUACCAAGCAUCUCUACCCCUCUUUUAACUGAUUGCACGAUGAAUGAGAGCGUUCGAUCUGGUACAUCUUGCGAAUUUUCUUGUGACACUGGCCAUUUUUUAAAAGGGGAAACAUCUAGUAUGGAAUGUUUGGACACCGGGUACUUUUCUGCUGACAGACCAAGUUGUGAAGUUAUUACGUGUGUUGUACCAAGCAUCUCUACCCCUCUUUUAACUGAUUGCACGAUGAAUGAGAGCGUUCGAUCUGGUACAUCUUGCGAAUUUUCUUGUGACACUGGCCAUUUUUUAAAAGGGGAAACAUCUAGUAUGGAAUGUUUGGACACCGGGUACUUUUCUGCUGACAGACCAAGUUGUGAAGUUAUUACGUGUGUUGUACCAAGCAUCUCUACCCCUCUUUUAACUAAUUGCACGAUGGAUGAGAGCGUUCGAUCUGGUACAUCUUGCGAAUUUUCUUGUGACACUGGCUAUUUUUUAAAUGAGGAAACAUCUAGUAUGGAAUGUUUGGACUCCGGGGACUUUUCUGCUGACAGACCAAGUUGUGAAGAAGUCACCUGUUCGUUACCUGACUCGCUUCCAUCAAACUUAAAGACUGUUGAUACUGACUGCGAGGGUGGGAACUCCAUUACUUACGGAAAAGUAUGUGAUUAUACUUGUGAUGAGGGACAUAGUCUUGUUGGAUCUGAUUCGGUAACUUGUCGGCAAGAUUCGUCUCUUUCCAGUGACUUACCUACGUGUGAGGAAGUCACCUGUUCGUUACCUGACUCGCUUCCAUCAAACUUAAAGACUGUUGAUACUGACUGCGAGGGUGGGAACUCCAUUACUUACGGAAAAGUAUGUGAUUAUACUUGUGAUGAGGGACAUAGUCUUGUUGGAUCUGAUUCGGUAACUUGUCGGCAAGAUUCGUCUCUUUCCAGUGACUUACCUACGUGUGAGGAAGUCACCUGUUCGUUACCUGACUCGCUUCCAUCAAACUUAAAUACUGUUGAUACUGACUGCGAGGGUGGGAACUCCAUUACUUACGGAAAAGUAUGUGAUUAUACUUGUGAUGAGGGACAUAGUCUUGUUGGAUCUCAUUCGGUAACUUGUCAGCAAUAUUCGUCUCUUUCCAGUGACUUACCUACGUGUGAGGAAGUCACCUGUUCGAUACCUGACUUCCUUCCACCAAACCUAAAUACUGUUGAUACUGACUGCGAGGGUGGGGACUCCAUUAAUUACAAUAAAGAAUGUACUUAUACUUGUGAUGAGGGAUAUAGCCUUGUUGGAUCUGAUUUGGUAAUUUGUCAGCAGGAUUCUACUCUUUCUGGAGAGUUACCUACGUGUGAUGAAGUCACCUGUUCGAUACCUGACUUCCUUCCACCAAACCUAAAUACUGUUGAUACUGACUGCGAGGGUGGGGACUCCAUUAAUUACAAUAAAGAAUGUACUUAUACUUGUGAUGAGGGAUAUAGCCUUGUUGGAUCUGAUUUCGUAAUUUGUCAGCAGGAUUCUACUCUUUCUGGAGAGUUACCUACGUGUGAUGAAGUCACCUGUUCGAUACCUGACUUCCUUCCACCAAACCUAAAUACUGUUGAUACUGACUGCGAGGGUGGGGACUCCAUUAAUUACAAUAAAGAAUGUACUUAUACUUGUGAUGAGGGAUAUAGCCUUGUUGGAUCUGAUUUGGUAAUUUGUCAGCAGGAUUCUACUCUUUCUGGAGAGUUACCUACGUGUGAUGAAGUCACCUGUUCGAUACCUGACUUCCUUCCACCAAACCUAAAUACUGUUGAUACUGACUGCGAGGGUGGGGACUCCAUUAAUUACAAUAAAGAAUGUACUUAUACUUGUGAUGAGGGAUAUAGCCUUGUUGGAUCUGAUUUCGUAAUUUGUCAGCAGGAUUCUACUCUUUCUGGAGAGUUACCUACGUGUGAUGAAGUCACCUGUUCGAUACCUGACUUCCUUCCACCAAACCUAAAUACUGUUGAUACUGACUGCGAGGGUGGGGACUCCAUUAAUUACAAUAAAGAAUGUACUUAUACUUGUGAUGAGGGAUAUAGCCUUGUUGGAUCUGAUUUGGUAAUUUGUCAGCAGGAUUCUACUCUUUCUGGAGAGUUACCUACGUGUGAUGAAGUCACCUGUUCGAUACCUGACUUCCUUCCACCAAACCUAAAUACUGUUGAUACUGACUGCGAGGGUGGGGACUCCAUUAAUUACAAUAAAGAAUGUACUUAUACUUGUGAUGAGGGAUAUAGCCUUGUUGGAUCUGAUUUGGUAAUUUGUCAGCAGGAUUCUACUCUUUCUGGAGAGUUACCUACGUGUGAUGAAGUCACCUGUUCGAUACCUGACUUCCUUCCACCAAACCUAAAUACUGUUGAUACUGACUGCGAGGGUGGGGACUCCAUUAAUUACAAUAAAGAAUGUACUUAUACUUGUGAUGAGGGAUAUAGCCUUGUUGGAUCUGAUUUGGUAAUUUGUCAGCAGGAUUCUACUCUUUCUGGAGAGUUACCUACGUGUGAUGAAGUCACCUGUUCGAUACCUGACUUCCUUCCACCAAACCUAAAUACUGUUGAUACUGACUGCGAGGGUGGGGACUCCAUUAAUUACAAUAAAGAAUGUACUUAUACUUGUGAUGAGGGAUAUAGCCUUGUUGGAUCUGAUUUGGUAAUUUGUCAGCAGGAUUCUACUCUUUCUGGAGAGUUACCUACAUGUGAUGUUAUUAUGUGUGUUGUACCAAGCAUCUCUACCCCUCUUUUAACUAAUUGCACGAUGGAUGAGAGCGUUCGAUCUGGUACGUCUUGCGAAUUUUCUUGUGACACUGGCCAUUUUUUAAACGGUGAAACAUCUAGUAUGGAAUGUUUGGACACCGGGGACUUUUCUGCUGACAGACCAAGUUGUGAAGUUGACCAGACUGGCCAUGCAGAUGUGGCAUGUGCUAAUGUGCGAAACCCUCCUGGAACAGCACUUUUUAAGGCCGGUGAUAUUGAUGAAUCCAAUGUCUUGGCCUCUUCGGUACAUCACUCGCCAAAUCACGGCAUCCAGCAGUUACCCCUCGUAGAUGAUGAACCUCUGGCUUGGUGCGCAAACCCUGGUGACGUUGAUGUAUCAGUCACCAUCGAAUUUGGAAAAGUGAAAAAAAUCACAGGGCUUGUCCUACGAGGGAAUGAUUUUGAAGGUGACACUUAUGAUUCAUGGGUCGAGGAGCUCCGGUUGGAGUAUUAUGAAGAUGGACAUUGGCUUGAAUUAAAUAUUCUCGAUGCCAACACCAACCCAAAUUGCAAAGUAUCAAUCAUAUUUGAUGAAGUGCUAUUCGCAUCUGAAAUCCGAAUCAUCCCCACAAGCUGGCACCCACAAAAUCUUCUCUGUAUGAGGGUGGAAGUCUAUGCAGAAGAAUUUGACCCCUGUGACUCAUCACCGUGUCAAAAUGGAGGAGAAUGCUCUUCUGCUGAUGGUCAAUACUCGUGUCAAUGUCCAAGCACUCAUACUGGAACAAACUGUGAAACAGAGGAGUGCACUAACCCAACAUAUCCUGAAGGAAAGCCUCUCUUCCAAACGGAAACCAUUACGGCACAAGGCAUCUUUACCACUUCUACUGGGGGUAAGGAUACUCUGGGCCUGUUACCCCUCAAAGAUCUUAGCAGCACAGUAAGCAGAGCCUGGUGUACUGAGGAUGCCGACGGUGUAAUUCUUAUAAUUGAUCUUGGAGAAGAAAGACCCAUUGAAGGGCUUGUCUUCCGUGGGAAUAAUGACGGUGUCAAAGCCUGGGUCCAGACAGUGAAGCUAGAAGCAAUCGGCGACAGUUCGGAAGUUCUCAUAGCAUCAGAUGGGUCAGAGGAAUUUACUGCCAACAGUAAUGCUGAUUGCGAUGCAGUUAUCUUAUUUGAAACACCAGUGAACAUGAGAAAAAUCAUUAUCACCCCGAAGGAAUUCCACUCAGAACCGGGUGACGUCCUGUGCAUGAAAAUAGAAGUGUUUGAGUUCAUCCCAGCACAGCCAGAGACAAUUGAAUGUUCUGAAGGCAACCUUCCUGAAGGGGGCCCGAUCAUCAGUCACGCUGACAUCACCGUAUCUUCUAAUGGACAUCACCAUGCUCAUGGUCUUCAGAGUGUACCGCUGAGGCCUGAAGAUGACCCUGGCGUGGCUUGGUGUCCAGCGUCUGGAGACAACUUACCUUUAGUUGAGAUUGAAUUCCCUCAUGAUGUUGAAGUUUUUGGACUCGUUAUCCGUGGGAACAACUAUCCACGCUAUGAAGCUUGGACGACAUUGCUGACCUUGGAGUUGCUCCAGAAUCAUGAUGGUGUGCUUGACAAAACAUACACUUUGGGAGAAAAUGCAGACUGUGACAUAGUCAUCAGAUUCGAUUCACCAAUACUGGCGGAUAAGCUUAUCAUCCUGCCCAAGGACCAUGAAGGAUCUGUUGGCCCUUGCUUGAGAGUGGAGGUUUAUGGCAAUUUUGAAGAGAUGGAAGAGGCAGUAGUUGGGGAUGCUGAGGUAGCUGAAACCCAGACCAGACAAAGAAAUUUACAGCCUGCUGAAUCUGACGAUCAACAAACAGUUGGAGAUACUGACGUAGCGCCAACUAGAAAUCGGGGGAAUAGGGUUGAGCAGACUUCAGAAUCAUCAGAAUCUCUUGAAGUUGUUGACGUUAGUGAGGAAGAUUCAAAUGAGGUUGACAUUCGAAAUGGACCAUCACAAUUAGUAUCUGGAUCUGAGGAAUCAGAAGAAGGAAGUCUAGAACAAAAUGGGGAUAACACUGUAGAAGCUGUUGAAAACCCUGGAAGUGAGGUUGAAACAGUUGAAGACACUACGUUUGAAGCUGGAGAUGCUGAUGUAGCAUCAACAAGACAACGAGGGAAUAGAGUACAGCAGUCUCCUUCAGAAUCAUCAGAAUCUCCUGAAGUAGUUGACGUUAGUGAGGAAGAUUCAAAUGAGGUUGACAUUCAAAAUGGACCAUCACAAUCAGUAUCUGGAUCUGAGGAAUCAGAAGAAGGAAGUCUAGAACAAAAUGGGGAUAACACUGUAGAAGCUGUUGAAAACCCUGGAAGUGAGGUUGAAACAGUUGAAGACACUACGUUUGAAGCUGGAGAUGCUGAUGUAGCAUCAACAAGACAACGAGGGGAUACAGCACAGCAGUCUUCUACAGAAUCAUCAGAAUCUCUUGAAGUAGUUGAUGUUGGUGAGGAAGAUUCAAAUGAGGUUGACAUUCAGAAUGGACCAUUACAAUCAGUAUCUGGAUCUGAGGAAUCAGAAGAAGGAAGUCUAGAACAAAAUGGGGAUAACACUGUAGAAGCUGUUGAAAAUUCUGGAAGUGAGGUUGAAACAGUUGAAGACACUACGUUUGAAGCUGGAGAUGCUGAUGUAGCAUCAACAAGACAACGAGGGGAUACAGCGCAGCAAUCUUCUACAGAAUCAUCAGAAUCUCUUGAAGUAGUUGAUGUUGGUGAGGAAGAUUCAAAUGAGGUUGACAUUCAGAAUGGACCAUUACAAUCAGUAUCUGGAUCUGAGGAAUCAGAAGAAGGAAGUCUAGAACAAAAUGGGGAUAACACUGUAGAAGCUGUUGAAAACCCUGGAAGUGAGGUUGAAACAGUUGAAGACACUUCGUUUGAAGCUGGAGAUGCUGAUGUAGCAUCAACAAGACAACGAGGGGAUACAGCGCAGCAAUCUUCUACAGAAUCAUCAGAAUCUAUUGAAGUAGUUGACGUUCGUGAGGAAGAUUCAAAUGAAGUCGACAUUCAAAAUGGACCAUCACAAUUAGUAUCUGGAUCUGAGGAAUCAGAAGAAGGAAGUCUAGAACAAAAUGGGGAUAACACUGUAGAAGCUGUUGAAAACCCUGGAAGUGAGGUUGAAACAGUUGAAGACACUACAUUUGAAGCUGGAGAUGCUGAUGUAGCAUCAACAAGACAACGAGGGGAUACAGCGCAGCAAUCUUCUACAGAAUCAUCAGAAUCUAUUGAAGUAGUUGACGUUGGUGAGGAAGAUUCAAAUGAGGUCGACAUUCAAAAUGGACCAUCACAAUUAGUAUCUGGAUCUGAGGAAUCAGAAGAAGGAAGUCUAGAACAAAAUGGGGAUAACACUGUAGAAGCUGGUGAAAACCCUGGAAGUGAGGUUGAAACAGUUGAAGCCCCUACCUUUGAAGCUGGAGAUGCUGAUGUAGCAUCAACAAGACAACGAGGGGAUACAGCGCAGCAAUCUUCUACAGGACUGAGUAUAGUUCCAGGUUCAGUGUGCGAACUGACGCCAGAAGACAAUGUCAUUCAAAUGGAUCUAGAUGAUGUUUCGACCGUAGAAGGAUUGAAAAUCAUCCCUAGUGGUUCUUCAGACAUCAUAUCUGGAUUUCUCUUCCAGUAUAGCCGGAAUUGUUUAGCUGACGAGGAAGAUGAGGAAGACUGGAUCUUUGUAGAAGACGAUCGUGAAGAGCCAGAGUGCUUUAUCGGUAACAUCGACGGCUCUGCUAUGACUGCAAGGCUUGAUGAGAUUGAAGGUUGUAGUUUCAGAAUCUAUGCGAGCAUCGAAGUUGCCUGUAGAGUUACCUUCGAACUUAUUCUUAAGGAGACUGCAGGGCAGUCGAGACAACGUUCUGCAUCUACUCGACGGUGCGGUGGGUCCCGAGCAGGACGUGAUUACAUACGGUUCCAGAGGGAUCGGGAUGUAGCUCGGGCUAGGACUAAUCCCCGUAGACGUAAUGGGCCCAGAAGUAUUAAUGGAUUAAACCUAAUUGGAGGAUCACAAACAGAAUUGAGUUCUGAUAACAGCGUUGUUGAAAUCAACCUUGGUAAAGAAUCAUUGGUGAAUGGAGUGGCCAUUAAAUCAAGCAGUGAUUCGGAUAAAAUAAAGGAAUUUUUACUACAGUACUGCCCGUCCUGCCCCAGUGAAGAUGAGAAUGAUGAUGGUUGUAGCUAUGUGACAGAUGACGAUGGAAAUCAAAAGGUAUUUAUUGGUAAUUCUGAUGCAUCAAUAACGAUUCGACAAGUCAAUGAAAUUAAAGGCACUUGUUUCAGGAUCUAUGCAGUCGUGGAAGGUUCCUGCAGCGUUACUGUGUCGCUUCUGGUGAAAGAAAAGGAAGGUGAAGAUCUUCCAUCAGCCUCUACUAGACGAUGCACCGGUUCACGAGAGGGACGUGAAUUCUUAAGUCGAAAACGGGCCAACCGUGGCAGUCGAGGUCGAUCUGUCAGUGGCGGAAGAUUGAGAGGUAACCGUGAUGAGGGAAGAGGCAAUACCGAAAUUGCUGAGCGUCCUUCUCGCAUAUCAGGUAGCAACCGUUACAACGGUGGCCAGGGCAGAAGGAAUGACCAAGGAAGGGGUGGUGGCAGCAAUGGACGAGUUCGCAGCAAUGAAGGAGGUCGCCAAGAUGAUGGGGGCAAUGACAACGUUGGAGAUGCUGAUGUAGCGCAGACGAGAGAGCAGGAGGAUAGAGUUCAGCAGGCUACUUCAGGACUGAGUAUAGUCCCAGGUACAGUGUGCGAACUGACGCCAGAAGACAAUGUCAUUCAAAUGGAUCUAGAUGAUGUUUCGACCAUAGAGGGAUUGAAAAUCAUCCCUAGUGGUUCUUCAGACAUCAUAUCUGGAUUUCUCUUCCAGUAUAGCCGGAAUUGUUUAGCUGAUGAGGAAGAUGAGGAAGACUGGAUCUUUGUAGAAGACAACAGUGAUGGGCCAGAGUGCUUUAUCGGUAAUAUCGACGGCUCUGCUAUGACUGCAAGGCUUGAUGAGAUUGAAGGUUGUAGUUUCAGAAUCUACGCGAGCGUGGAAGUAGCCUGUAGGGUUACCUUCGAACUUAUUGUAAAGGAGACUGCAGGGCAGUCGAGACAACGUUCUGCAUCUACUCGACGAUGCGGUGGGUCCCGAGCCGGACGCGAUUUCAUACGGAUCCAGAGGGAUCGGGAUGUAGCUCGGGCUAGGACUAAUCCCCGUAGACGUAAUGGGCCUAGAAGUAUUAAUGGAUUAAACCUUAUUGGAGGAUCACAAACAGAAUUGAGUUCUGAUAACAGCGUUGUUGAAAUCAACCUUGGUAAAGAAUCAUUGGUGGAUGGAGUGGCCAUUAAAUCAAGCAGUGAUUCGGAUAAAAUAAAGGAAUUUUUACUACAGUACUGCCCCUCCUGCCCUGGUGAAGAUGAGAAUGAUGAUGGUUGCAGCUAUGUGACAGAUGAAAAUGGAAAUCAAAAGGUGUUUAUUGGUAAUUCUGAUGCAUCACUAACGAUUCGACAAGUCAAUGAAAUUAAAGGCUCUUGUUUCAGAAUCUAUGCAGUCGUGGAAGGAUCCUGCAGCGUUACUGUGUCGCUUCUUGUCAAAGAAAAAGAAGGUGAAGAUCUUCCAUCAGCCUCUACUAGACGAUGCACCGGUUCACGAGAGGGACGUGAAUUCUUAAGUCGAAAACGGGCUAACCGUGGCAAUCAAGGUCGAUCUGGCAGUGGUGGAAGAUUGACAGGUAACCGCAAUGAAGAAAGGGGCGAUACCGAAAUUGCUGAGCGUCCUUCUCGCAUAUCAGGUAGCAACCGUUACAACGGUGGCCAGGGCAGAAGGAAUGACCAAGGAAGGGGUGGUGGCAGCGAUGGACGAGAUCGCAGCAAUGGAGGAGGUCGCCAAGAUGAUGGGGGCAAUGACAACGGUCGUUCGCAAGGCAGGCAGGAAGGGGGCCGUAGGUCCAACGGGGAGUCGAGGCGUGGUCAGGGCCAAAGUGGUCAGUCUGGCCACCGCAGGAAUUCAAGUGGGUCUUCUCGUCGUAGUGGAUCAAGUGGAGGAUCAGGCCGUAAUGGAGGGAGCACAGUUGGAGGCUACAAUCGCCAUUAAAUCAGAGGUGAAAGGCAAUGUCACCAGGAUCAUUUACUACCCGUUGAAUGUAGAUCACAGUUCAUGUGCGUCUUUGUGGAUGAAGCUAAUUCUUAUCUUUUCAAGUUUGAAGUUAUUUGAGAUUUCUGAGUAUCUAUAGCCAUCAAAAAUAUAUUUGAUAUCAAGACUAGUGCAAUAUCUUAGACUACCUUUAAGAUUAUAAGUACUAUAGUAAGGAUUUAUUUAUUGAUUAAAAUGAUAUAUUAUUUAUAGUCAAAGAGUUAAUAGAGAGUAUAUUUAGGAAAAACAUGCUAGCAUUAUUAUUCAAAUCAUUUUUAUU